UAUUGGGUGUCUCUUGGAUGGUCACAUGAAUCUCUAAAUUUGAAUUCUGAGCAGCAGCAAAGCAUGGUAUUAAUAAAUAUGGAGAGUAAAUGAAGGGGCAUCAACUGGUGGUACUGUCUCACUCCCAAAACACAAACCCCAAAGAGAGGAGAGAGGCCCACAAGGAGAGCUCAAUUGCAGAGCUGGAUAAAGAAUUGAGAAAAAGCCAAGCAGAACACCACUUUCAGUACUUCAAUUUGCUUUCCAAAGUCCAAAGCUUUUGUUGUUCUUGUUUAGCAGGGAAGGAAAAAAGAAAGGGCUAUUGAGGAGGAGGAGGAGGAGAAGGAGGAGCUCUGGUGUCAUUUCUUCAAUCCUAUCAAUAGGUUGUCUCUUUCACUCAAUUCUAGUCACAUGGGAACUUCUUCAAAUGCUUUCUUCUGCUUCUUCUUCUUCUCCUCCUUGGAAACAAAAUCCCAUAAAAGAAGCUCCUUUUGAUUCUAUUCUCAGUUCCUCUUUCAAAGCAACUCUGCAAAACCUCUUCUUUUCAACUAAAAGAGGAAGGAAAGUAUAGAAGAAAAAAAAAAGAAAGCUGCUGUCUUUGUUCCAUAUUCCAGUGUUUUUGUGAGAGUGAAGAUCAGAGAAACAAAAGGAGCAAGAAGAGGGCUUUCUUUUUCCCAUUGAGAUUUCAUCAUAUGCCAUUGCUUCUUUGUCAAUGAGUUUGAUUGGUCUCCAUGGUGACGGGGUGCUCGGUCUCGGAUCUUGCGGCGAAGCUCGCCUUCUUCCCGCCCAGCCCAGCAACCUAUAGUGUGAAGAAGGUGAAUGGGCGGCUUGUGGCUUCUGGGAUUCCCAGAGAUCGCUCUCUGGAUGUUCUCAUGGUGGACACCAAACGUGGCAACAAGAUUGUGGCUUUCUUCUUGAGAAACCCUUAUGCCAAGCUCACUAUACUCUACUCCCAUGGAAAUGCUGCGGAUUUGGGACAGCUCUAUGAUCUCUUUGUGCAGCUCAAGGUCAAUCUCAGGGUCAAUCUCAUGGGAUAUGAUUACUCUGGGUAUGGAGCUUCGACUGGUAAGCCAAGCGAAUCAAAUACUUAUGCCGACAUUGAAGCAAUAUACCAAUGUCUGGAGACAGAGUAUGGAAUUAGUCAGGAGGACUUGAUUUUAUACGGCCAAUCUGUUGGUAGUGGUCCUACGCUACACUUGGCAGCUCGAUUGCCAAGGUUACGAGGUGUUGUGCUUCACAGUGCCAUAUUGUCAGGCCUCCGUGUGCUUUGCCACAUGAAUAUAACUCUCUGCUUCGACAUUUACAAAAAUAUCAACAAAAUCAAAAAAGUGAAGUGCCCCGUCCUUGUCAUUCAUGGAACCGAUGACGAUGUGGUGAACUGGUUUCAUGGUAAUGGACUGUGGAAGCUUGCAAAGGAACCUUACGAGCCUCUUUGGAUCAAAGGAGGCGGUCAUUGUAACCUUGAGCUUUAUCCGGACUACAUUCGUCAUCUUAAUCGAUUUGUCCAGGAAAUGGAGAGCACAACAACAGCAAGCCAUCUUAAAAAGAUUCGGCAAAGCCUUCAGAAGACACCAAAAACAUCGUCUAAAACCACCAACACUACUUUCACUACUAACUGCUGCUGCCGGAUCAGAUUCCAGCUACCUCAAUGCAAAUGUUGCUCUCAGACUGGAUGCUUAAUAAUGCGAUCAAAGCGGGCGGCUUACUUCUGCAACUGGUGUUGUGGUGAAAACUAGUGAUCGUCUUCUUUGUAUAGGAAUUUACUUGAGAUAUCUGUCUAACCCGUCUGUUCUGGUGCCGACUCUAGAGUUGUUAGCUGUCGCACAAUUGGAUUAUAUAUGUACGAAUUCUUAGUUUCUCUUCUCUUUCUUUGUCCAGGAUGAUCUCCCCUGUACCAUUAUGAAUUAUUAUUUGAUCAGUAUUUGGAAAAAUUGCUAA